AUGUUAAAAUCUUCGCUGUAUGUUGAUGACUUGUAUUUUGGUGGAAAUAGUGUGAGCGAAGUUUUAAAUUUGUCAUCUGAUGCUGUAACUAUUCUGAAGGCAGGAGGUUUUAACUUGAGGAAAUUGAGGUCUAACAGCAAAGAGUUAGAAGAACUAUGGGUGCAGACGGGACUAAAGGAACGAGAGUCGGUUGAUGUUAGCCAAGUGAAAGUGUUGGGGUUAAACUGGAAUCCAGAGCAAGAUGAGUUGUCGUUGGAUCUGAAAGGGAUAUUUAAAGGAUUGAAAUCAUUGAAGAACAGUAAGAGGUGCGUUUUACAGACUGCAGCUAGUAUUUUUGAUCCGGUUGGGUUGAUUGCUCCGUUUGUUGUACGUAUUAAGUUAUUGUUGCAGGAAAUUUGGGAGAGAGCAAUUGAUUGGGAUGAAGAGUUGCCAGAAGACUUGCGGGAAAAAUGGGUGAAGUGGUGUGGAGAAACUGACAAAAUGAGUGAAAUAAAAAUUCCUAGGCAUUGUUUAGAAAGCUGUGUUGGUGAGAAGGCUGAAGUACACGUAUUUUGUGAUGCGUCAUUGAGGGCGUAUGGAGCUGUUGUAUAUUUCAGGUUUCGUGAUAAAUAUGGGAAGUAUAAGGUGUCUUUUGUGUUGUCAAAGAGUAGAGUAGCACCGCUAAAGAAAUUAACGUUACCUAGCUUAGAGUUGAUGGCUCUUGUGAUAGGUUCUAGAUUGGGAAGUUAUCUCAAGACAGUUUUCGGAGACAUGAUUCAAAAUAUUGUGUAUUGGAGUGACUCUGAUUGCGUUGUACUGGGUAAAGGGUUGUGCCAAGCGUUGGAAAAUGUUUGUAGCAAAUCGUGUUUUGGAGAUUCAGGAGAAGUCGAAUCCCAGCGACUGGAAAUUUUGCCCCUCGGAAAAAAAUCCAGCAGAUUUACUAACUAG